AUAUAUUAUAUUAUAAAUUUAUAUAUAUGCAUAUUUUAAUGUUCUAAAAACAAAACCAUUUAUAUAGUAAUGGUAAUAUGAAAUCAUCAAAAAACUCAUCAACGCAUUCCAAAAUAAAAAGUCAAAGUGACAGCACUCUGUUGAAACAUAAUGAAACUGAUUUAGAAAAAUACUUUAAAGACACUAUAUUAUUUUCGAAAAAUUUAAGUAAAUCAAGUAAUAAAAACUCAUCAAAACCAUUGGACGAUACUAAAAAUUUACAAAAUGAAUCCAGUCUUGAUAAAUAUUUCAAAGAAAGUAUUAUGUUCUUUGACAGCAAAUCUAGUAGAAACAUCUUACCAGAUAUUUCUGAAUCAAAUGAAAAGAAUGUUGAAGAUAAUAUGAGUGUUAAAAAAUUAAGUAAAGAUAAUAAUGAUACUGAAAACAUGAAACAUAAAAAUCAACAUACAAAAUGUCUAAAUUCUAAACAACAUGUAACAACUAAUAUAAGUAAUCAUAUUGAUCUAUCAUCCCAUUGUAAAGAAAAAACAUCUGCUAUUAUUAGUUUUAAUAGUAAUAGUAAUUUAAGUAUGGAAGUAUCUAAGAUUUGUACGCAAGAUCGAUUUAAAUUAGCAUCUUGGGGUUUACCAUCACUUAUACUUCAGAAAUAUAAAUCAAAAGGAAUAUCAGAAAUGUUUCAAUGGCAAGUAGAAUGUUUAUCAAAUUCCAAAGUAAUCAACGAAAGGAAAAAUAUUUUAUAUUCAGCUCCAACAUCAGCAGGAAAAACAUUGGUUUCAGAGAUUCUUCUUUUAAAAACGGUGCUGGAAUAUAAAAAGAAAGCUAUUUUUGUUUUACCAUUUGUUUCUGUUGUAAGAGAAAAAAUGUAUUAUUUUAAGGAUCUUUUAUCAGAAUAUGGGAUUCGUGUUGAAGGAUUUAUGGGAGGUAUAAAUCCACCAGGUGGUUUUACAGCUACAGAUAUUGCCAUAGCAACUAUUGAAAAAGCUAAUUCUAUAAUUAAUCAUUUAAUGGAAGAAGGAAAUUUGUCAACGUUGGGUGCAAUUGUAAUAGAUGAAUUGCACUUGUUGGGUGAUCCUAAUCGUGGUUAUCUUCUAGAAUUAUUACUUACCAAACUAAAAUAUAUGUCAUUACGGAAGAAUGAUAUUAACAUACAAUUAAUUGGUAUGUCUGCUACACUUCCAAAUUUGACUUUGUUAGCUGACUGGUUAGAUGCUGAGUUGUAUAAAACUGAAUUCAGACCUAUACCAUUACAUGAGCAAUGUAAAAUUGGAAAAAGCAUAUAUGAUAACAAAUUAAAAUUACUGAGAAAUUUAGUAUCAUCUUCUGAAUUAUUAAUGGAUACUGAUGAUAUUUUACAAUUAUGUAUGGAAACUAUAUCUGAUGGUAAAAGUGUUUUAAUAUUUUGUCCAACUAAAAAUUGGUGCGAAAAAUUAGCGUAUCAAGUAGCCCUAACAUUUUACAAAUUAGGUCAAAAAGAUACAUCCCUUGGUAAUAUUUUAAAGGAACAAUUAAACAGUACAGCUAUUCUUGAAACUAUUGAACAAUUAAAACGUUGUCCAUGUGGGUUAGAUAAUUCCUUGAAAAAUUCAGUUUCAUUUGGUGUUGCUUUUCAUCAUGCUGGUCUGACAAUGGAUGAACGUGAUGUUAUUGAAGGAGCCUUCAGAACAGGAUCUCUGAGAGUUCUUAUAGCAACAUCAACGUUAAGUAGUGGAGUUAAUUUACCUGCAAGAAGAGUCAUUAUUAGAUCUCCAAUGUUUGGUGGUAAAAUAUUGGAUACUUUGACGUAUAAACAAAUGAUUGGAAGGUGUGGUCGUAUGGGAAGUGAUACUGCAGGAGAGAGUAUUUUAAUAUGUAAACCGAAUGAACGCAAAGCAGCAGAAUGUUUAUUGUCAGCAACAUUAAAACCUAUUGAAUCCUGUUUGGAGGAUUCUAAUCCUUUAAUCAGAACACUUUUAGAAGCCAUAGCGAGUGAAGUGGUUUAUACAAAAGUUGAUCUUGAAUUAUAUAUGAAUUGCACUUUAGCGAGUAUAAAUAAAAAAGAUGUUAUGACAAAUUUAUCCACUAAUGCAAUUAAAUAUUUAAUGGAUAAUGAAUUUGUAAUAUUACAAACAACAGAACAAGAAACAAGAUGGGUUGCAACACCUUUAGGAAAGGCAUGUCUGUCUGCAUCCAUCUCACCAAUAGAAGGAUUAUUUUUAUUUGAAGAAUUGCAAAGAGCUAGGAGAUGUUUUGUUUUAGACACCGAACUGCAUGUCAUUUAUUUAGUAACUCCAGUAAACGAUGGUAGUCAAAUAUCGACAAUAGAUUGGAUGAUAUUCUUAGAAUUAUGGAAAUCAAUAUCGGAAAGUGAAAGAAGAGUUGGUCAACUUAUAGGAAUAGAAGAACGUUUUUUAAUGUCAGCUAUUAGAGGAAUUGUAAAACCAGGCAAACUACUGAGAAUACACAAACGAUUUUACACGGCGUUAGCUUUACAUGAUCUGGUACGAGAAAUUCCUUUGAAUACAGUUUGUAACAAAUAUAAUUGCAGUCGUGGAGUACUGCAAAGUUUACAACAAAGUGCUUCCACGUUUGCUGGAAUGGUUACACAAUUUUGUAAACAACUUGGUUGGGAUUGCAUGGAGUUAUUGGUAGAACAAUUUAAAGCACGUCUACAAUUUGGAGUAUGUAGAGAAUUGUUAGAUUUGUUGCGUAUUUCAAUGUUAAAUGGAUUACGUGCAAGAAGUCUAUUUAAACAAGGAAUUACUACUGUAGCAGAUUUAGCUGUUGCUAAUAUUCUUGAUAUUGAACGAGCAUUGUAUAAAGCCCUACCAUUUGAAAGUGAAAAAGAACACGAUGGAGAACAUGAAAUGGAAGCUAUUAUUAGAAAUAAAAUGAGAACUGUAUUCGUUACAGGAAAAGAUGGUCUUACACCUCACGAAGCUGCUACUUUAUUAGUUAAAGAAGCUAGAAUAUUAAUUCAGAAUGAAUUAGGUUUACAAAAUAUGCCAUGGUCACAUAAUAAUAGUAUGAUUGCUGAUACUACAUCUAUUAAUGAUAAUCAAUCUAAUUUAUCGAAAGAUGUUGCUGUAGAAAAUGAUAAUACAAAUAAGAAAAUAAAUGACACGAAUAUUUCAAAAGAAAAAAUGGAAGUCAUAGAUAAAAGUAAAAAUAAUUCUUUUUAUAUUAAUUCAGGCGUAGAUGUCUCGUCAUUGCGUAAACAAAAUGAGAUUACAGAACAUAUUAAUACAAAUUUGGAAAAUAAAUCGAAUUAUUCGAAAGAUUUAAAUACUGAUAUUGAAAGUAGACGUGUCAGUGAGUCAUUAAUUACUUUCGAUGAAAAAAGAAUUGAAGAAGCAAAUAAUACAGAUGAUAAUAAUUUAUUAAUGCAUUGUAAAAGUAAGAAUCUAAGUGAAUCUGAAAAAAUGAUGAAAUGUUCUGUUUCAAGAAGUCCCAGUUUAUUCGAUGAAAGUUUAAAUCUUGACACACAAUUGUACAAUGCACUUGAAGAAAAUAUUACAGGUACUUUACAUCUAUCUUCGUAUAUAAGCAUUAACAUAACACCUAAUAAAAUGAAAAAUGAAACAAGUACGAAGAGUAACUCAAACAAGUUAUUAAAUCAUGAAGUCAAAAUUAAUUUACCAAUGGUAGAAUCAAAUUCAAAUGCAAAGAUUGUAUCACAAAAACCUUCUUCUUCUGGUACACAAGUAAAAGAUAAAACUGCAAUGAUAACAUGGAAUGAUGAUUCAUGGAACGAAUCUAAAUUAAUGGACAAAAUUAAUGAAUUAAAUAAAGAAAACAUAGAAUUAUUAAAUAACAGUAUCAACAAUAUAAAAAGUAUAAAAAAUAUAUCAGAAAAUAAUGACCAAAAAGAUGAUAUAGAAUCUUACAGUCUUAUUGCAGGACAAGAUGUUAACAAAAUAUCAUAUAACUACAAUUUACGAAGACAUUCCGAUAAAAAACCUUUGAUAGCAAAAGAAACAACUUUAAAUCUUGAUCGUAAAAUAUCAUUAAACUCCAAUAACUCAGAUGUCAUAAUGGCUUCUCCAACAGAAACUCAAACAAAAUUAAAAUUAACGAAGACACAGAAAACUUCUGUUAAAAUUUAUAAAGAUAAAUUACCUAAGUCUAGAACUUCAGCCUGUAUUAACAAAAAUAUUGCAAAAACUACUGUCAGUAAUAAAAUAAUGAAUAAAACUAAACCAAAAUUAAAAGAAUUAUUAGAACGAAACAUUCUUCUUGGUGCAAAUUACAGUUCUGACAGCAUCGUAUCAAACUCAGACGAAGAAACACCAAUUAAAAAAGCAAAAGUAGUUAAAGGAUGUAAAACAUCAAUACCAGUUAUUAAAACAAGUUCAUCUCACAUUCAACAAAUUAAAUCAGACGUACAAAUAAAUUUAUGUUCUCACAAAGUAGAACAUAUUGAUGAAAAUAUUGAUUGGAAUACAUUAAAUAUUGUUAAAGUUGGUAGCGAUAAAGCGACAUUUAAUUUAUUUAAACGUGAAAUUAUGAAGAAUAAAAGUAUCGCGUUGGCUUUACAUUGUGAAUCUUACAUAAACGAAUGUAACAGUAUAGGAAAUAAAAUUAUUAAUUCUACUGCCGAUGUUAAAAACAGAUCAAGAAAAAUUGAACAAUUUAUCACUGAUGAUAAACAAAUUUGUGGUGCUGCUAUUUCUUGGGAAAAAAAUAUUGCAUAUUAUAUUUCAUUUAACGAAAUGAAAGAUUUAAAAGUAUCGGUUAAAGAACAAAUAAAUUUCUUUAAAGAAUUACUUUCUAAUACAUCAUUGUAUAUAAGAUGUUUUUCAACCAAGAAGUUAUAUAAAAUAUUGUAUCAAUGUUUCCAAGUAGCAGCUACUUGUAGAUUUCUAGAUCCUUAUACUGCGAAUUGGUUGUUACAUGGUAGCAUUUCUGAAAAAAAAUGGAACGAGAUGGUGUUGGAGUAUUUUCCUUUAGGAUCCUUCAUAGUGAAACAUUUCGAUGCUAAAAUAAACAUCAAAAAUAAAUUACCAAUGGAAUUUAAAGCAUCCACUAAAGCUGUUCUUACAUGGCACGUUAUGGAAACAUUAUUAAACAAAUUGGAAGAACUCUGUCCAAUAUUAGUUUAUACAUUUAAAGAAAUUGAGAUGAGAUCUAUUACACUGUUAGCUCGUAUGGAAUUAACAGGAUUUGGUAUUAAUUUAAAAUCUUUACAAGAAUUGUCACAAGUUAUAGAAGUUGAAAUGUCAUCUUUGGAAGAACGUGCAUUUUCUUUAACGGGACGUAAAUUUAAUUUUUCAUCAUCCAAAGAAGUCAGUCAGAUUUUGGGAUUAUAUAAAGGUAAAAAAACAAGUACAAAUAAAGCAGUUUUAGCACAACAUAAUAAUCCAAUCUCUAGUCUUAUUAUUUCUUGGCGUAAAUUAAACACAACUCAAACCAAGAUCGUUUAUCCAUUGUUAAGUCUUGGUCAAAAUAGUUCAAGAAUUUAUGGAGAUUCUGAAACUUCAACAUUAACUGGAAGAAUUUCUAUGCACGAACCUAACUUACAAAAUGUACCCAAAGAUUUCAAUUCAGAAGAUAAUAGUUUUGUAAUAAGUGUUCGUAUGGCAUUCAUACCAAUUGAAGGAAACAUUUUAUUAUCAGCAGAUUAUUGUCAACUUGAAUUAAGAAUAUUAGCUCAUUUUUCUAAAGAUCCAAUACUUUGUAAUAUUCUAUCCAAGGAAGGCGAUAUUUUUAAAAAUAUUGCUGCUACAUGGAACAAUCUACCGGAAGAUCAGAUCGAUGAUAAUAUGCGACAAAAUACUAAACAAUUAUGUUAUGGUAUGAUUUAUGGUAUGGGUGUGAAAACUUUAGCAGAAAAUUUAAAAGUAACCGAAACAGAAGCUAAAACAUUUUUAGAAUCUUUCAUAAAUGCAUAUCCAGGUAUAAACAAAUGGCUUAAAAAUGUUAAUUUAGAAGCACAUAAAAAUGGAUACAUUACAACACUCAUGGAAAGACGUAGAAUGCUUCCUGGUUUAAAAAGUACUAAUCUGUAUGAAAAAGCUCAAGCAGAAAGACAAGCAGUUAAUACUAAAGUACAAGGUUCUGCAGCAGACAUAGCAAAACAAGCUAUGAUUAAUAUAGAAGACAGAAUACGAAACGAAUUUCCAAACUCAGCGAUUGUCAUACCAAAGAUAGGAAUUAAACAGAAAUUAAGAAAACAACGAAAGGAUGACAAUUUAAGAGGUGCUUAUUUAGUACUACAACUUCAUGAUGAAUUAUUGUAUGAGGUAAAUAUAAUGGAUUUGCAAAAAGUAGCUUUAAUAAUUAAAGAAUCUAUGGAACAAGUAUGUCAACUUGCGGUCCCAUUACCAGUAAAAAUAAAAGUUGGACCUGCAUGGGGUGAUCUGAAGGAGUAUCAUAUUUAAUCUUUUAACUAAUACUGAAAUUUCCACGGUAUUUUUUUAUAACAAUUUUUUAUACAUCAAUAUCAAUGAAAGCUACUAUUGUAGUGUGCAGUGCCUGAGAGGUAAAUUAUUAAUAAUUAUCCAAUGUGAUAAUUAAUAAGAUAAAAUAAGAUUUUAUAUAUGAUAAG